CGAACAAAAAAUUUGACAUUUUAAAUUAUUUCUCUUUCUAUCUCUAAUUCACAGCGUCGGGAACGUUUUUUCGUGGAAGAAGAAGAAGAGCUCUCAACAAGCUCAACGACCAAAACUUCCGACACGAAGACUUUUUAUUUAAUUUCCCCUUUUUGAUUUUUCUUUUUUUUGUUCCAUAAUUCUCGAUACUCAAUCUCUUCUUCUUCUUCUUGGUGAUCCUCAUGACAUAAAAAUACGAUUUUUAUUCUUGCACCAAAUUUUUUGACUUUGGAUUAGCGUAGAAAUCAAGCACAUUCUGGGUUUAUUCGUGUAUUAGUGGACAUUGAUUUUGUCAAAGCUACGUUUUUUUAUAAAAAAGUUGAAUUUCCUUUUUUCUUUUCUCUUUAGUCUUUUUUAUUUUUCCUUCUUCCCCAUGUUAUAGAUUCUUAGAUUCUCCCCCAAAUUUUGAAGAAAGGAGAGAACUAAAGAGUCCUUUUUGAGAUUCUUUUGCUGCUGCUGUUGCUUGAUUAGAUCAUUUCGUUGAUUCUCGAUUUUUGUGGGUUUCAUAAGCUUAUUGGGAUCUUAUCUGAUCCAGGAUUUUCUCAAGGCUACAUUGCCUAUGAGCAGAUAGUUUGUUUAGGCAUUAUGGGUUGGUUUAACAAGAUCUUUAAAGGCUCUAACCAACGGCUCCGGGUGGGGAAUAAUAAGCACCAUCACAAUGUUUAUUACGAUAAUUAUCCGACUGCUUCACAUGAUGAUGAGCCUAGUGCGGAUACAGAUGCUGAUAAUGAUGAGCCUCAUACACAGGAACCAUCUACCUCUGAGGAUAAUACAUCCAAUGACCAGGAAAAUGAAGACAUAGACCGUGCAAUUGCAUUGUCUCUUUUAGAAGAGAAUCAAGAACAGACAAGUAUAAGCGUAAUGGACACAGGGAAAUACUCGACGCCGCCGGUGGAUGAAGAUGAGCAACUUGCUAGAGCCCUACAAGAAAGUAUGGUAGUUGGGAAUUCACCACGUCACAAAAAUGGAAGUACAUAUGAUAAUGGGAAUGCAUAUGGGACUGGAGAUUUAUAUGGGAAUGGACAUAUGUAUGGAGGAGGAAAUGUAUAUGCAAAUGGAGAUAUUUAUUAUCCAAGACCUAUUACUUUUCAAAUGGAUUUUAGAAUUUGUGCUGGCUGCAAUAUGGAGAUUGGCCAUGGAAGAUUUCUGAAUUGCCUUAAUUCACUAUGGCAUCCAGAAUGUUUUCGAUGUUAUGGCUGCAGUCAGCCGAUUUCUGAGUACGAGUUUUCAACAUCAGGGAACUACCCUUUUCACAAGGCUUGUUACAGGGAGAGAUAUCAUCCAAAAUGUGAUGUCUGCAGCCACUUUAUUCCAACAAAUCAUGCUGGUCUUAUUGAAUAUAGGGCACACCCUUUUUGGGCUCAAAAGUAUUGCCCUUCUCACGAACACGAUACUACCCCAAGAUGUUGCAGUUGUGAAAGAAUGGAGCCACGGAAUACGAGAUAUGUUGAACUUAAUGAUGGACGGAAACUUUGCCUUGAGUGUUUGGACUCAGCGGUCAUGGACACCAUGCAAUGCCAACCUCUGUACUUGCAAAUACAAGACUUCUAUGAAGGACUUAACAUGAAGGUAGAGCAGGAAGUUCCACUCCUCUUGGUUGAGAGGCAAGCACUUAACGAAGCCAGAGAAGGUGAAAAGAAUGGUCACUAUCACAUGCCAGAAACAAGAGGACUCUGCUUAUCAGAAGAACAAACUGUUAGUACUGUAAGAAAGCGAUCAAAGCAUGGCACAGGAAAUUGGGCUGGGAAUAUUACAGAGCCUUACAAGUUAACACGGCAAUGUGAAGUUACCGCCAUUCUCAUCUUAUUCGGGCUCCCAAGGUUACUUACUGGUUCGAUUCUAGCUCAUGAGAUGAUGCAUGCGUGGAUGAGGCUUAAAGGAUUCCGAACACUGAGCCAAGACGUUGAAGAAGGUAUAUGUCAAGUGAUGGCUCAUAAGUGGUUAGAAGCUGAGUUAGCUGCUGGUUCAACAACUAGCAAUGCUGCAUCAUCAUCCUCUUCUUCUCAAGGACUGAAAAAGGGACCGAGAUCUCAGUACGAGAGAAAGCUUGGUGAGUUUUUCAAGCACCAAAUCGAGUCUGAUGCUUCUCCGGUUUAUGGAGACGGGUUCAGGGCUGGGCGGUUAGCGGUUCACAAGUACGGUUUGCGAAAAACACUUGAGCAUAUACAGAUGACCGGUAGAUUCCCGGUUUAAGAACCCAAAUGGACAAGGUCUUCUACUUUAUUUAUAGGAUCCUUGGUAGAUUAUUGUUAUAAGCUCUAUUCUUUUGGUGGAAAUUGAACUCUCGACCAUAUUCUUAUGUGUAAUCAUUCGAUGAUUCUUUUGUAUUUCUGUGUUAAAAUCCAUCAGAAUCAGAUUCAGUGUUUUCUUUGUAA